AUGCCCCCGAACCCCAAGGUGGCCGAGGCGCUCGCCAGUGCCGGCCAAGCAGCCGACAAGGGCAAGGUGUACGAGGACAUGCUCUCCCGGAUCAAGGAGCUGUCGACGCCGUCGACGGCAGCCGACGACCUGGUAGCCAUCGCCACCUCCUUCUUCGGCGCGUCCCUGGGGGUCGUGGCGACGCGCUCCGUCCUCGGCACGUUCGUCGAGACGCUCAGGUCGAUCGAGGUCGGCGGCGGGGCGGACCUGUGGAUCGAGGUCGGCGACCGGACGCUGGAGCUGCUGUCGGGCCAGCCGGCCAACUACGCGGACGCGGAGGCGACGGUGCGGGAGCUGGUGGCGAGCGCGCACGAGGAGCAGGAGGACUUCGUGGCGGCGGCGCGGACGCUGGCGGCCAUACCGCUCGACAGCUCGCAGCGGCAGCUGACGGCGGCGCAGCGGGCGCAGACCUGGAUCCGCAUCGCGCGCAACCUGCUCGAGGUGGACGACAGCACCGGCGCCGACGUCUACGUCAGCAAGCUGAAGAACAUGAUGCACCAGGUCGAGGACGCCGACCUGACGCUGCACUUCAACCUGUGCCAGGCGCGCAUCCUCGACGCCAAGCGCGACUUCCUCCCCGCCGCCAACAAGUACCACGAGGUCAGCUUCUCGCGAGCCAUCGCCGAGGACGAGAGGCUGCACACGCUGUCCAUGGCGGCGCGGUGCGCCAUCCUGGCCCCCGCCGGGCCCCUGCGCGGCCGCACCCUCGGCCGCCUCCACAAGGACGACCGCUCCCCCCAGCUGCCCGAGUUCCCCAUGCUGGAGAGCAUGCUGCUCGACCGCCUCCUCGGCCCGGACCAGGUCGCCGCCUUCGCCAGGGACCUGCAGCCGCACCAGCUCGCCACCACCUCGGACGGGUCCACCGUGCUGGCCAGGGCCGUCGUCGAGCACAACCUCGUCGGGGCCUCGAAGCUGUACGCAAACAUCCGCUUCGACGACCUGGGCCUCCUGCUCGGCCUCGACGCCGCCAGGGCCGAGGAGAUCACCGCCGGCAUGAUCGAGCAGGGUCGGCUGGUCGGCCGCAUCGACCAGCUCGACGGCAUCGUCUACUUUGGCGGCGGUGAGGCUUCCGGCGAGAAGGGCAGCGGCCGUACCGUCGCCGCUUUCGGCAAGGAGAUUGCACGGUGGGAUACCAACGUCCAGAGUCUGGCUGAUGAGGUGGAGAAUAUCACCACUGCUCUGCAUCAAAAGUUUCCGGUACUUUUCUUCUUCUCUCUCUCUCUCUCUCUCUUCUUCUCUCCGACCCCUUCUCCCUUUUGA